CAUUGCUUGCUGUUUGGGCUGGGUUUCUGUACAGCACUUUGUGACAUUGGCUGAUGUAAUAAUGCCAUUUGAUUGAUUGUAGCAAAAGAUAGCCUUAGAGACAUUUUACUGGUUGAAGUUGAAGUGUUUUUUAAAUGUAAUGCAGUUGAUUUGCAAUGAUGACACAAACAUUGUAUUAAGCAGGACAUUCGUAUGAGCCUUAAAAUCCAAAAGUAGUGUGAAAUGCACUCAUAGGCAAUAUGUAAAUAGAGGCUUCUUUUUCUGGCGUUCUAUAAAAACUUCUGCCACCAACUUGAAAGGGAUCUACAUUAAUUGCUUUUGAUAAGUUUAAACUUGUGAUGGCAUGUUUCAUUCUUAUUUUGCCUAAUGUAAACGUUGGUUGUAGCCUGGCGGUCAAGAGCGUUGGGUUAGUAACUGUAAACGUUGCUGGUUCGAAUCCCGAGCUGACUAUGUGAAAAAUCUACAAAUGUGUCCUUGUGUGAAGAGCGUCUGCUAAGUCAAGUAAAUGUUUGGCUUCUCUACUUGGCAAGUCAGGGUGUGGGUGUUUCCUCUGGAAUUUACACAUUUACGACUUGACAGACAGGGAUGGAGAAGAGAACAGCGCCCCCGUCGAGCAUCACCAUACAGUACGAUACCGUGACAGACCGACUGCAGUCAGUCCAGCAACUGGGACAGCAGUGUGUCGUUCUUAAACUUCCAUUGACCGCAGAAAAACAGCUUUUUUGUGUGUGUGUGCUUUGACGUGACGUGAUGAGCGGCAGGGUUGGCAACCUUAGCCCGAAGCAGGCAGGGGCAUUGGAAGAGUUUCGAGAGAGGAUUCAGGACGUUCUUCCACUACUUCCUGCUCAUCAUGACCACUUCCUGUUGCGCUGGCUCAGAGCCAGGAACUUCAAUGUCAAACAAUCAGAGGCCAUGCUGAGAAAGCACCUUGACUUCAGGAAACACAUGAACGCAGACACAAUCACCACAGAAUGGCAGCCUCCAGAGGUGAUAGAGAAGUAUCUGUCAGGUGGGAUGUGUGGGUACGACCGUGAGGGAAGCCCCAUCUGGUGGGAUGUCAUCGGUCCCAUGGACCCCAAGGGCCUCUUCCUGUCAGCGUCUAAACAGGACUUCAUCAAGUCUAAGAUCAGAGACUGUGAGAUUCUGCAGAAGGAGUGUGAGCUGCAGUCUGAGAGGUUGGGGAGACAUGUUGAAGCCAUCACUAUGAUCUAUGACUGUGAUGGCCUGGGUCUCAAACAUUUAUGGAAGCCUGCCAUCGAGACUUACGGAGAGAUCCUAACCAUGUUUGAAGACAAUUACCCAGAGGGCCUCAAGAGACUGUUUGUCAUCAAAGCCCCUAAGCUCUUCCCUGUGGCUUACAACCUCAUCAAGCACUUCCUGAGUGAGAUCACCCGCAACAAGAUCAUCAUCCUGGGGGCUAACUGGCAGGAGGUGUUGUUGAACUACAUAGACCCAGAGCAGCUUCCUGCCGCGUACGGAGGGAAACUCACCGACCCGGACGGGGACCCUCGCUGUAGGAACAAGAUCCACUACGCAGGGCCGGUACCUGCUUCCUACUUCGUGAGGGAGUCCGUGAAGGUGGAUUAUGAACAGUGUCUGACAGUCAGCCGAGGCUCCUCACAGCAACUGGAGUAUGAGAUACUCUUCCCUGGCUGUGUGCUCCGGUGGCAGUUUUCCAGUGAUGGGGCAGAUGGCUUUGGGGUGUUUAUGAAGGGUAAGAUGGGGCAGAGGCAGAACGCAUCGCAGAUGCAGGAGGUGGUUCACAGCCAGAGAUACAAUAGCCACCUGGUGCCUGAGGACGGCUCUCUCACCUGCAGCGAGCCUGGAAUCUAUGUGCUGCGGUUUGACAACACCUACAGUAUCUUCCAGUCCAAACGCAUUAGCUUUACGGUCGAGGUCCUGCUCCCCGGCCAAUCGCAAUCUCUGAAGAAAAUGAUUGGAAUGGAAUCUGGGGCCAGCAACCAAUCACAGUCCCUGAAGAACAGGAGUCUGUCAGAAUCUGGGUCUAGCAGCCAAUCACAGUCUCUGAAAAAUAGCGGUGGGUCAGAAAGGGGGGCUAGCAGCCAAUCGCAGUCUCUGAAGAACAGGGGUGGGCCGGAAUCUGGGGCCAGCAGCCAAUCGUGACAGACAUUACUGAGUUGCUAAUCUCUUGUGGACAGAUGAAACGGGCGAGAAUCUGUCAAGGCUCACGUAGAAUUAUGUGAUUACAAGCAGAAGUAGCUCCUCGUUUUGGGUUUACAUCAUUGAUUAUUUGGACAAAUCAGGAUUGGGUGAAGGCGGGGCUUAAACUGGUGCCGUGAUUUUCAAUCCUGUGUGCAGAUGAUAAAUGGUUUCCACUAGAUUCCACAGCCACAAAGUCAACAUCUAUUUUUUGUUUUUGCCAUGAUAAACACUGGUGAAAUUAGGUUUGGCUGAGAGUUUCCGUUUGGGAAGGAGGAGACUUUGUUUCCUUUGUACAUAAUUAAUCAGAAUUGUUAACGGAAAUCCCCCCCCAGAAGUAAAACAGGAUAUUAGAUCAUUUUACUUCUAAGUAACCAAGAUUACUGAGUUGCUAGCCUGUCCUAGAUUAUACUGUGUCCCAAAUGCCACCCUAUUCCAUAUAUAGUGCACUUUGGGACACAGGCCUGAGUCUUACCCCCCCAACCAUGGUCAGUGAAAACUUGAAAGCACUGAAACAGACCCCACUGGUCCGCACUGAGGGAUUUCAUCCGACCAUGGACCGUUCCAUAUGCUGCUCAAACAAACAAAUGUAUGUAGCUCUGAUCCAGGGGGUUACAUGUGGCUUGCUGAUGCUGAGACUUCAACAUCAGCAAGCUGCACGUAACGCCCUGGAACAGAGCUAGGACGUACACUGAAGAGAAACCAAGAGUUCCACAACUCAGGGUCCCUAGAAUGUAGAUGUAUUCAAACACAAAUGUCAAUAACAACUGGCUUACUUGAACAGUAUGUUUAUGGAAGAGAUAUAUUAUCUCAUAGCCCAGGGAUAUCUACUACAGAUGAAUGUCAUUGCAGGUUAUUGUUCAGGGCAUAUUAUAUUUGCAGUGCUGAACAACCUUUUUAAACUUCAAGGAAUAAGGAAAGACUUCAGAUAUUCUCUCUCUCUGUCUCUAUCUCUCUGUCUCUAUCUCUUUGUCUCUCUCUAUCUAUCUCUCUGUCUCUAUGUCAGUCUCUAUCUCUAUCUCUCUCUGUCUCUCUCUCUCUCUAUCUCUU